ACACUCACAGAACUGGAGUCAAAUCUAAAAGCCUUACGACGCCACCAGAGAGACAACGCCACCGAGGAGCAAAACAAGAGCACAAAAGACACUGAACAUGUUGAGCCUGAUUGGAUUCCAGCCUUCCCUCAGCUCAUUCAUGGGAACUGACUGGCCGGUGCGCAGUCUCUGGCCGGAGAUCACACCUCUUUACAGACACGCAGAGGUACUGCAGGAGCUGAAGAGCAGCCUGGAGAAACUUCAGCACAAGAUCUUGGAGGAGAUCCAGCAGGAGAUCUACCCGGUCGCCUGCACAAUGGAGAAAGAGGGAAGCGGCUUUGCUUUGACGCUGGACACUAAAGACUUUUCCCCAGAAGAGCUGUCAGUCAGACAGGUGGGCAGGAAGUUGCAUGUCAGCGGAAAGAGCAAGAAGAAGCAGGAGGACGGGAAAGGCUCGUACUCUUACAGAAUCCAAGAGUUCAGAUGGGUGUUUGAUCUGCCUCAAGGAGUGAAUCCUGACGCGGUGACCUGCUCCAUGGCUGAUGGAAAGCUCUACAUACAGGCACCAGUAAAUCAGCCAUCUGAAGCAGCUGAGAGGAUGCUGCCCAUUGACUGUCAAACUGUGAAGACAACGCAGCCAGAGACAGACGAGACACAACACCACACCAGCACAGCACAGAAGAGCUGAAAGCCCUGUACAUGCCCUGCUCAACUCUGCUGAACUAUAUUACUUUUUUUACUUUUUUUUUUUUUUUUAAUAAAUCAUGUUUUUGGUUAUUGUUUAGUAGUUUAAGUGCUGUAUAAAAAAUGCGUUUUUCUAUUGAA